AGUUGGACAUUGAAGGGUGAAGAUAGCAACAGCUCAAAAACGAAUCACAGUGGAGGAAAAUCAAAGGAUGCUGAAGGUUCAACAACUUCUGGCUUUGAAACAUCAGGCACAUCUGCUUUAAGAUCUGCCAGUGGAACACCUUCAAAGAAACAAAGCUCAUUGAGUUCUUCCAGGAUGCAGAAGCCUGAGAGACUUGAGAAGCACUCACCUCUAACUACCCCAGUUAAGAGGGUCGAGAAGCAAAGCAUGCCAAGUCCUGCGAGAAGGUCUGAGAGAGGCGAGAACCAACAGAUGCUACAGAUGCUGAGUUGUUCAGGUUCAGAAAAGUAUGAGGAGAGCUCAAGUUCAUCAGAAACGGAAAAUGGGGAUCAGAAGGGUCCUGUUGUAGUACUAAGAAAGAAGAAGUGGUUAGAUGCACGUAGUUUCAGGGCAUUUCUCCAGUUCAAAUCAAAGAAGGCUGGGCAACCAGAUUUUGGUGAGAAGUUCGGAAGACAGGACAAUUCAACCGAUGAGGAUAGUAGCAGAUAUGAUAACUUAUCUGAUGGGGACAGCGGGUGUUCUGGAACUGGUGGUUCCAAGGAUGUUGACGGUAUAGAUGAGUGCAAUGGGAAGAAGGGUGGGGAAGAAUCUCUAGAAAAAUCUAGUUCAGGUUCAGGAAAGCUUGCUGAUGGGACUGUGUGGAAUGUUGAUGACAGGAAAAUAGACUCAGCUCAUGUUAGCAGAAACUGCAAAAUUUGUUCUGAGGAGGCUCAAGUGCCAAAACACAGAGAUAGUUCACUUCCCAAAUACAGUGAUGGUCUGCUGCAAUCAUCUCCUGAUGGAUUAAAAGGUGAAGGAACUCUUGAUGAUGCUGCUAGGCUGGAAAUGGAUUGCUCAACAAGGGCAGAUUUGCAAGAAACUGUGAUGGACGGUGACAGGACAGAGGCAGAAUGCCUUGUGAUCAAAGACUUGCAGACCCUAGAACCGAUAUUUUCUACAUCGUCCAGAGGAAGGACACCCUCUUCCAAUUUCGUCUUGGAAAGAGGAGGAACUGAUGGAACUUUAAAAGGAAAGAGGAAUGCCCCAGAUCCGGAUUCUGAUAUUUCCGUGACGGCAGCAAAAGAGAUCUGCGGUAUGGAGACGUCUUCUGCGGAUGCUAUUUCCUCUUCACCUUCUGGGGGCACGACUAGUCAAAUUUCUAGGAGCUGUGCUGCCUGUUUUAAGCGACAAAGGGUGGGCUGUGAUUCACAGAAGAAGGAAGUUUGCUCUUGCAAUGUUACGAGUCUUGACUUAAGUGGCAUUUCUUUAUCCAAGGAAGUACAUGAGGAAGUUGCCAUCUGGACUCAAAACAAUAGUGCUGUAGGCAGUUGCUUCCAGGAGAAUAGAUCCAAGGAAAAGUUAGAUAGAGAUGCUAAAGAACCAUCAGCUGAAGCUCAAAUGUCUGUGAUAUCUCUGUUGCUCUUACAGUUCUUACAAUCCAUUUUGUUUUUGUUUUUCUUUUUGGAGGCAUCUGCUUUGGAGUUGUUUUUUAAUUUUUUUUCCCUUCUCGUGCAUGAUUUCAGGUGCUGUCAUGGAAAAGGGUGCAGGAGUACCUACCAUCUCUAUUGUCUUGAUCCGUCUUUGAUAGAUGUCCCACCUGGGGUUUGGCACUGCCUGCAUUGUGUUAGGAAGAAAAUAGAGUCCGGCAUACAUGCAGUGUCUGAAGGAGUUGAGUCCAUUUGUGAUGUUCGGGAAGUUGAGGUGUCAAAUUCUAAAGGAAUGCAGAAGGAAAAGCAAUAUUUAGUCAAGUACAAAGGCCUUGCUCACGUGCAUAACCGUUGGAUUCCAGAAAAGCAGCUUGUUGAUGAAGCUUUUGUACUUGUCAGUAAAUUUGAACUGAGACAUCAGAAAGAGAAGGCUGUUGUAAAGUGGAAAUUGGAGUGGACUGUGCCACAACGUCUCUUGAAGAAAAGAUUAGUAAUGUCUCCAAAGCAGGCUGAUGAUUACUUCGGUGGGUGUGGUCACAAUUUUUCAAAUUAUCUAUAUGAGUGGUUGGUGAAAUGGAAGGGUCUUGGUUAUGAGCAUGCCACGUGGGAGUUAGAGAAUGAACCAUUUUUAAGCACGGAUGAAGCUAUGGCACUUAUAAGAGAUUAUGAAAGUCGUUAUGAGAAGUCUAAGAAAUCAUCUGAUCCUUCUAGAGUAGUUAAGGUACUACAGGAAAGGAAUGGUUUGUUUCACAAGCUGCCAACGUUGCCUAGUGGGUGCUCUCCUGGACUUGAUAAUGAUCAUCUAGUUUGUGUUAACAAGCUUCGCGAGUGUUGGCACAAGUGCCAGAAUGCCGUUGUCAUUGAUGACCAGGAACGAAUUAUGGAAGUGAUCUUCUUUAUCAUAUCUUUAGAGUCCUAUGCAUGCCGGCCUUUCCUCAUAAUCUCAUCUUCCACUGUUCUUCAUGUAUGGGAAGCAGAGUUGAGGCGUUUAGCACCAUCUAUUAAUGUUGUCACUUACAGUGGGAACAAGGAUGUCCGGAAGUGUAUCCAGGCACUGGAGUUCUACGAGGAAGGUGGCUGUGCAAUGGUUGAAGUACUCUUGUCAUCUCCUGAUGUUGUUGUGGAGGACUUGGAAGCUUUAGAAUUGCUAGGGUGGGAAGCAAUAAUUGUUGAUGAAUGUCAGUACUCUAGAGUGUCACAACAUUUUGAACAAAUCAAAAUGCUUGCCUCUGAUUUUAGGCUUCUUCUUUGCAGUGGUCAACUCAAGGACAACAUACCCGAGUACAUCAACCUGCUGUCAUUCCUAGAUUCAGAAAGCAAUGGGAUUGAUGAUGACAGUUCAAUGAUUGGCCCCAGUGAUGAUAUUGGCAUACUUGCUGGACUGAAGGAGAGGUUGGCACAAUACAUUGCAUAUGAGCGGAAGUUGGACUCAAAGUUCAUUGAGUAUUGGGUACCUGUCCAGCUUUCAGAUGUGCAGCUUGAACAAUAUUGUGCUACGCUGCUUUCAAAUUCUUGUUCCCUUCGUUCAUGUGCAAAGACUGAUCAUGUUGGAGCUCUUCGUGAUAUUCUUAGUUUGACCCGAAAGUGUUGUGACCAUCCCUAUCUUGUUGACUUAUCUUUGCAAAUGAAGCUCACAAAAGGGCAUCCAGAGGUUGAGUAUUUGGAUGUUGGAAUAAAUGCAAGUGGAAAGCUACAGCUCCUUGACAAGUUGCUUCCAGAGAUUAAAAAACGUGGGCUAAGAACUCUGAUUCUUUUUCAGUCAACUGGCAGGUCUAGACAGUAUUCUAUUGGGGAUAUUUUGGACGAUUAUUUGCGUCAAAGAUUUGGCACUUAUUCAUAUGAACGUGUUGAUAGUGGAUUAUCCAAUUCCAAGAAGCAAGCUGCCCUGAACAUAUUUAAUGACAAGGCUAGAGGGAGAUUUGCAUUUCUGAUUGAGAAUCGUGCUUGUCUUUCGAGCAUUAAACUUUCAGCAGUCGAUACCAUUAUUAUAUUUGAUAGCGAUUGGAACCCCCUCAAUGAUUUAAGAUACUUGCAGAAGAUUUGCAUUGAUUCGCAGUGCGAACAUUUAAAAGUGUUUCGGUUGUACUCAUCUUGUACUGUGGAAGAAAAAAGUUUAAUUUUAGCAAAGCAAGGUAUGACUAUCGAGAGCACUAGAGAAAAUAUAAACCGUAGUACGAGUCAUAUGCUGCUCAUCUGGGGUGCUUCCUAUCUUUUUAAUGAACUCGAUAAGUUCCAUGGCUGUAGUAGCCCAAACGCAGAUUCUAAUGCUUCUGACCAAUCACUCCUCAAUGAUGUGGUGUCGGAAUUGUUGACUGAACUACCACACACAGCAGAAGAGAGUGGCAUAAGCAAUCCAGUAAUUUUAAAAGUUAAACACAGUGGAGUAACCUAUCCUAGAAGUAUUUCUUUGCUUGGCGAGACGGUAAUGCAGUCAAGGGAUGAAGAAUCACCUCAUGUUUUCUGGAGAAAAUUAUUGGAAGGAAGGUAUCCUUCGUGGAGAUAUAUAUCCAUGCCUUCUCCGAGAGCCCGAAAAAAAGUUCAAUAUUUUGAUGAGUUGCCAAAGAAACCAGAGGCUGUAAAUGAUGAAGUUACGAAGAAGCGCAAGAAAGCAGUCGACAUCAUGACUGAUCCAAUCUAUCUUGGAACUUGGUUGGAACGUAAAAGGAGAGCAAUUUCCUCGGACAGGAAAACUAAAAUGAUUAAUAUUUCCAAACUUGGACAGAGUCCUAAUGGAUCAUCUUUUGCUUCCCCGAAGAAAGCCUCAAUUUCAUCUGGUAUGGUGAAUGAGAGAGUAGGUUCAUCUGGUACUCAAGCUGAAAAUGGAGUAUCACUUAGUAAUAUUAAUGAUUUAAAUGAUAGUUCAACCAUGCCUCCCAUGGCACAAGAUAUUUCUAAGGUACCUCAUGUUAACAAGGUUGGAGCUGAGGGAAGAAAAAAAUUGCGGGAUGCACGGAAGAGCCUUUAUAUCCUGUUGAAGCCAGAGAUAUCAAAACUAUGUGAAACACUUCAGCUUCCUGAGGAUGCCAAGCAUAUUGCUGGAAAGUUUCUAGAAUACGUAAUGAAUCGUUAUCAUGUCAGUACAGAACCAGGGACUAUAUUUCAAGCUUUUCAGAUAUCUCUGUGCUGGACAGCAGCUGCACUGUCGAAAUACAAGGUGAAUCACAGAGAAUCACUAGAGCUCGCAAAAGAGCACUUGCAUUUUCAGUGCAAGGAGGACGAGGCUGAAUCUGUUUAUUCAAAAUUACAGAUGCUGAUGAAAAGGUUUUCACACCAAAUGAGUGCAUCAAAGAAUGCUACUGCAAUGACUUCCCUAAAAGUCAAGUCAAAUGCAUCAAGAAAUGAAGACAUUCUAAGACGGUCAUCUAAUGGGAAGACUUCGGAAUCCAUAUCAUCUGAUUCGCAGGAGUUAGAGGAAGGGGAGAGACGAGAGAGCCCUCAGAGGACUUCUCAAGAAUGCACAUCAGAUUCACUAAGAAAUGGACACAUUCUAAGACAGCUAUUAGAUGAGAGGACAUUCGAAUCUGCAGCAUCUGAUCAGCAAGAGGUAGAGGAUGGAGAGAUAAGAGAGAGCUCUCAGAUUCAUAGCUGGCCUGGACGAGGCCCUGUGGAGCGGGAGCAGGCACCUAACUCUGCAAAGGCUAAUGAGAAUGAUGGUGCUAACAUGCACCCUUCAUCAUCUCCA